UAAUCUCAUUUAUUACUGUACUGGAAGCCCAAACAAUUAAUCUCAGGUUCAGACUGACUUUUUUUUUGUUGUAAAGUCUCACGCUUUCAUAUGGGAAAGAUUCAACCAAACAUGCGGAAUGUGGACACACUCUCAGGACCUUCUGACUUUGGAGGUGCACACCUUCCACUGCGCAGUUUGUGAUUUUUUUUCUCCUCUUAUUAUCUUGAUUUUUUAAGCGCCCUCGAUGCAGUAUGCAAAACUGCAGCAGCACAUGACAUAGGACCUUGUUCAUCAGCAGGAGAACGUUUUUUUUUCUCUCUUUUUUUUUUCCCCCGAAUUUUGCUUUUGGGAUCUGGUCACCUGCUUUGCGCACCGGCGCACAGAGGCGCUCCUCCGCGGGGACCAGGAUGGGCUCCCCGGCGUGGACCCCCGGAGCUCUGCGUGCGUGGAAAGCCACGGUCGUCGUUUUCAACGUGAUUUCGGCGGUUGCAGCCAAAAGGCACGUCGUGUUUUGGAAUUCAACAAACACAAGGUUAACAGACGGAGAUCUGUCCAUUCAGGUGAAUCUGAAUGAUUACGUGGACAUCAUCUGCCCCCACUACCCCAAUAAGGAGACCCGAGGCGCCGGGCAGCAGGAGACGCUCGCUCUCUACCUGAUUGGAGAGAAGUCUUUCCAAGGCUGCGUGGAAACCAGAGGGGCCGUCAAGAGGUGGGAGUGUAAUAACCCCAACGCGACAUUCGAACCUGUGCGCUUCUCCGAAAAGAUCCAGAGGUUUACGCCUUUCUCGCUGGGGUUCGAGUUUCUGCCGGGGAAAAACUACUACUACAGCUCUCUAUCCACACAUGAAAGCGAUCAUCUGCCAUGUAUGAAGUUGCGUGUCUCGGUGUGCUGCGAGCCCACAUCAGAGGGCUCAAAACAAAUACAAGAAAACGUAGGUGUGCGUAGCGUUUCCUCCCAGAAGGCGGCUUCACUUCCUCUCCUGCUCGUCCUCCUGCUGUUGGGCACCUGACGCCGCCGCCGCCCUCGCCCCUGCUCUCUGUGGGAUCAGGACUUGUUACUCAGACUUUUCGAGUACGCCCGUGUCGUCUGCGUCCCCGACAGAGAACGGCGCGAUACGACCCGCGCGGAGCCGUUGGUGAUACCCGUGCUGCCUCGUGAGUGUUUACCUGUGAAAUUCCACAAAGAAUCGGGCUGUUUUCACCAAAACGGGGCCGCAGUGAGUCAGGGAUCGACACGCUGAAUCACACUGAUUCAUUUCUCUCUCCUCUUUCUUUCUUUCUUUUUUUUUUUUUUGUUUACCCGACUGUUGUGUAAGUAGUAGCACAGAAUCUUAGGUGGUUGUACAGCUGGACCUCGUCAUCAGACUCUAAUGCCAGAGAACGCAGUGUCUGUCAGGACCUGUUCCAACAGACGCGUUUCUACUUUUCCACUCCAGUUUCUUUUUAAUUUCUUCUCAAUGUGCUGUACUUUGUUGCUUUUUUUUUUUUUUUUUUUUUUUAAGCCUGCCUUAAGUUGGGGAUGGGGUGUUUAAGGCCAAAUAAACCAAGUACAGCACUACAGAGUGGCUCAGGUUGCAGGUAUGUCAGUUAACGGGUGACUUUUCAAAAAAAAAAAAAAAAAAAAAAAAAGGAAAUCCUGGCACGCUGUAGAUGAGCAGCCACAAGUAACGGA